AUGACACAUGCUUGCUGUUUCUCCGUUUCUAAGGCAUUAAAUUUUGCAACAGCAGCAGGGAGACUAUCAAUAAGUUUUCGCUACAAAUUGAAAUUUCCGUUCAAGUUCUCAUCAAGAAAUAUUCACAUGGAAAAUAAUCACAGUAGUGAUUCAAGGGGCGCUUUAAUUGUUCUAGAAGGGCUUGAUCGGUGUGGGAAGACCACUCAAUCAAGCAGACUACUUUCAUACUUGGAAGAGUUAGGACAUACGGUUGAAUCAUGGAGAUUUCCUGAUAGAACUACGAAUGUUGGGCAAAUGAUUUCUUCUUAUCUUGCCAAUAAAUCACAUCUGGAUGAUCACACAAUCCAUCUUCUCUUCAGUGCAAAUCGUUGGGAGAAGAGAUCAUUGAUGGAGUCUAAGCUGAAGAGUGGAACCACGCUAAUUAUUGAUCGUUACUCUUAUUCUGGUGUUUCUUUCUCAUCUGCCAAAGGGCUCGAUGUGGAGUGGUGUAAGGCUCCGGAGAUAGGUUUAUUAGCUCCUGAUCUGGUAUUAUAUCUUGAAAUAUCACCUGAAAAUGCUGCUGAACGUGGAGGUUAUGGAGAAGAGAGAUAUGAGCAGCUUGAAUUUCAGAAAAAAGUUGCCCAAUCAUAUAAGACUCUUCGUGAUGCCUCAUGGAAGAUUAUAGAUGCCACACUUCCAAUUGAAGAUGUUGAGAAACAGGUGAGAGACACGGUACUGAAUUGUGUGGAGACUUGCAGAGAAGGAAAACCUCUUUCAGAGCUCUGGUUAUCCUAA